AUGCGCCAUGCCACCAUCAGCCUUAAUAGGAAGGGCGUUUCUAAGGUUGAAGAUGCUGUGGCAUUUCUGCGGCGUCAUGACAUCCAAGUUGCUGCCCUUCCGGAGGUUCAUGUCAAUCAGUCGAGUGCCCCUGGCUAUGUCAGGCAAUGGAGAUAUCACGGGUUUCACGCUGCACUUGCGGAGUGUGGGCCCGAUGGUCGCUCGUGUGUUGGCCUCGUUUCUUCUGAGCCUUUCAAGCAAGUCCUGUUGUGCACGGGGCCUGGGAAGAUUAGGCAUGCUGCAGGGCUCUUCACCGCAUGUGUUUCUAGUGCCGUGCCUGCGGAUAGUGGCCAGUGCUCUGAAGGCCUUCUCAUUAUCGCCUUCUAUGGGCAGUCAGGCAACCGCAUUGCUGCCGAAGCCCAGAUUGAGGAUGUCAUCUCAGCUGCUGAGGGUCCCCUCUCUGAGCUGCGUCGGCUUUUGCAUCGCCUUGAAGAGCUGCAGGCCAACACAUUUGGAUCCACACACCCUGCAAUUGCCGUCGAGGAACAUGCUGCAAAGUGGAUGGCCAAAUGGAGCAAGGAGGCCGUCGAUAGGGGUUGUCCGUCUGUGGGAAUCACGGCCUUCAUGGAUGAUCGUACUUGCUGGCUUGAGCCCAAUGCCAGCGUUGCGGAGCUUCACACAGCUGUCGCGCGAUCAAAUGCUGUUGAUCGGGCCUUUGGUUUCGAGCUGAGCCCGGACAAAUGUGUUGUUGCAUCCUUUGCUGAUGACAAGGAGGCCUUGGCAUUUGCACACUGCAUAGCUGUCCCUGACGAUCAGGAAAUUUCUCUUGUGCCGAAUGAAGUCAUUUAUGCCUUCCAUGACAAACUUGGUGGCAUCCGCAGAAUCCACGUAGGUUACGAGUCCUUCAAUGCUUUGAGAGAAUGGCUGCAAGCGCACUAUCGGCAAAAGUAUGUGCGACGAUGCGCCAGGAUCCGGCAAUCAUUUCACCGUGGGGAAGUUGCCAAUGAUCUAGCUGUGGGGCUUGCCUUGCCCAGUCCGAUGCCAAACUACCGACCUGCCUUGAUUGGUCAUAGAAUGGCAUGGCAAGAUGCCCACGACGAAUACACUCGGAAAGCAGCGCUUGUGUCGGGCGGCCACGCCUGGCAUUUCACAGAGGUGAAUUCGGCGCCGCGCGCGCAAGGUGGAAGUGCGAUUAAUGUGGUGGAUGGAGGCAUCAAUGCUCCGGCUCACCGAGGUGAAGAGCGUCUGCUGGCCAUGCAUCUCCCUGAGCAGCCGCCGCCCCCGCCAGGGGUUGAUCUCGAGGGUCUUCGAGUGGACAUUGCCGAGGCCAUACAUGAUGCGCUCAAGGGCCAUUCAAGAAUUGCCCUGGCGUGCGACGGAUCAUCAAAGCAGGAUGUGGCGGCUUUUGCAGUGGUCGUUCAUGAGGUGCAAUUUGCCUUUGCAGGUGGGGGCGGGGAGCGAGAGGAGAAGUCACUGUUGUUUGUGAUUGCUUUUCGGCCCUCAGAGCCGUGUCAAGCCAAUGUGGCGAUGUAUCGCUUCUGGUUCGCCAGCUUCAUCCAGGAGGCAGAGUCCUUGGGCGUCAAAGUUCCCUUCGGGCCCGAUGGGCCAUCCUUCAAGCCAGAUGUGCCAAAUGGGAAUAUCAAGCUGUUCAACUUGCGGCCGGAGCUGCGACUUUGUCCAACUGCGCAAGUGGGAUCGCUUUUCAUUGCGCUGUUGGUGACGCUGCUUCGUCGCUGGCUCUACGCUGCUGCUCCUCGGGCUGCUGUGGCGAUGAUGGGCCGACGACUGCUGCUGCUGGUGAUCGUGGAACACUGGGGCACGACAGCUAAGUCCGGUGACCUUGCCCUGGGGCCGAUGAGGGGCUUCUGGUCUGAGGCUGUUUCUGUGGACUUGAACAUUGCUGUCCAAUCUGCUGAGCGUGGGCCUGGGCUGCUGGGGCACGUCCUCCUGCACUACUACAACCGCGCUGCGCUGCUGCACGGG